AUGUUGGAGUCGUUUCACAGACAAGACUAUCGGCGGAUCAGUUGUCGUAACACAUUAUCGAUGAUGUCUUCGUCGUCGGCCACAAGAGUGGGUGAGAUCUUCAACGCCGCGGGAAUUGCUUUCACAAAAUUGGGUGAACUGUCGAUGACUUUACACGAAAGUGAGGACACGUCGGGUGCGGCCACCGGUCGCUGGGACUCAGAGGACAUCCAAAUGCUUCAGUCGGCUGUCAAACGGUUUGGCGAAGAGUUGAAUCAGAUAUCNAAUCAAAUAAAAUACUAUUAA